AUGUCCAGUGAGGUUUUCAGCGAUCCGAAUUUGAAAAUGUCGAUGAGUGGAGGGUCGAUGAAGAAUACCUGUAAAAUUUCGAUGUUGUGGAAUUGGUACACAAUCGAUACGUGUUUUAUCUCUAAGACCUGGAGAAACGACACUAGAGGCAAGUUUGCGGGCUCGUGUAUCGGGUGUUUUCUGUUGGUGUUCGUUGCGCAGUGGUUGAACCGAGUUUCGAGACAAUUUGACUUGGAAUUGGCGAAAAGACGGAAAUUCAAGGUAUUGAGCAAACAACAAGGAAAUUUUGCCGUUGAUGAUGGCUCUUCGUCCUCCCUUUCUGAACCGGCAGCUAGGACUCUGCAACAGCUUGCCACUGAACCGGACUGGAAAACUACUUUGAAGGCUUUGGGUGCAACUUUGUCGCACACUUGGUAUAUUUCGCACAAAAUCAGUGACGAAUUCGACGCUCUGGAACCUUUGGUCUGUUGCUCCGUCUCGGUCAACGUCUACCCAACUGUUGUAGACCACAUUCUGCGCGCAGGAAUUUUCACUUUACAAUGGGGGUUGUCAUAUAUCAUCAUGCUGCUGUUCAUGUACUAUAACGGCUAUAUCAUUAUCAGUUGCUUGCUGGGCGCGUUGUUUGGCAGACUGUUCUUUAACUUCGAGCCUUUGACGACCUGUGGUGGUGCGACUACUUUAAGCUCUGUUGCCCACGACAAAGAGGAGAAUGACCGGAAGUGUUGUAUGUAA